AUGGUGACGUUGCUGGAGAAGGCUAUCAAAGCGCGAGCUCUCGCCGACAAAGCCGCCGCAGCAGCCGCUGAAGCCGAGGCGAUCGCGGAGCAGCGCAGAAAAGACGAGGCGGCGGCGCUCGCCGACCUCAACGCCGCCACAGCCGCCGCGGACGCCGCCGCCGCCGCGCUCACCGCCGCGAACGUCAACGCGACGUCCGCGGCCGCGGAGAAGGAAAACGCGAAGAAAUCUCUCGAAGCCGCAAAGAAGCAGCUCGACCAACUGAAGAAAGCCCGCGAAAGCAAGUCGAAGGGCGGCGCGAAACAGAAGACCGACGCGAAAGCCGCGGCGGCGAAGGUAAUCGAAGCGCAGAAGAAGCUAGACAAGGUAAAUGCGGAAAAAGCCAAGCAGGAGAAGAUCGCGGCGGACGCGAAAGCAGCGGCCGACGCGGCGGAGCAAGAGGCGGCGAAGAAGCCGGGCGACAAGGGGGCGGCGGACAAGGCGAAGAAAGCUGCCGAGGCCGCGAAGAAAGCCCAGGAAAAGGCCGACGCGCUCGCGAAGGAGGCUCUCGCGGCGGAGCAGGCGCUAGCGGCGGCGCAGAAGGAGCAGAGCGACGCGAGCGCCGCGGGUGGCACGAGCGCGCCGACGGACGAGGAGCUGAAGAAGGCGGAUAAGGUGGCGCAAGCGGCGGAAAAAGCGCAAGAGGCGGAGGCGGCGCAGAAGGCGGCGGAGGCCAGCGCGAAGGACGCGGAGAAAGCGCUGCAGAGAGCGCUCGUGGCAGUCAAGCAGGCGCGCGCGGCGUGGAAGAACAAGAACGCGCUGCGACUAGCCGCGGAGAAGAAGGCCGCGCAGAAGGCGGCUAUUGCAGCUGCGUUUGAUGCCAAGGCGGACGCUGCGGAACGUGCUGCUGGCAUCGCUGCCCCUCCCUCCGCGCCCGCAUCCCAACCCGCGCCCGCCUCGCAACCCGCACCUGGGUCCACACCUGCUCCUGCGUCGCGCCCUGCUCCCAGUUCUACCACUUCGCCCUAG